UUAUAUAGUCUUUUUCGGAAAUAGGUUAUGUUUAUAUUCACAUAAAAUUAUUUUUAACUUAAAAGCUAAUCAGUGCAACUUAACAAUCCAAAGCAAUGAUUUCGAACAAUUCUUUACUAAAACGCGCUUGGCCUGUGAUUAUACAAAGCGCCGAAGCACAUCGAAAACCUCGAUGGCUGCCUGUAGCGAAAAGUAAAAUUUAUCGGAUUCCGAAACGGCCCUCCGUGUCGGAAGAGGAACGUUUAGAACUGCUGCGUAUCAACAACAACUAUAAAACGCAGAUGAGGGCAAUACGGAGGUUCUAUCACGAAGACAUGAUCCUGGAGAAAUCUUCGCGGGACAGCGCUAGUUCGGAGUUGUCUCAGCGGCUCGAAGCUGAGGAGUGGGAGCGCUGCGUGCAGCUCAACGAGCAGUGGAACCAGCAGGUGGCCGCCGAUCGGGAGGUCCGAAGGCAGGAGGAGCUAGCGGCCAUGGAGGAGUAUGCUCUAGCCCGCAUGGAAGAAAAGGACAGAAAACUGAGGGAGGAAAUCGCCAAAGCAUCCGAAGAAAUUAGACGGGAAAAGGAACGGAGCAGUACAUAUAUCACACCAGAGAAUCUGGAGGAAGCCAUAGAUAGAGCCCUAGCAAACCCUACUGACUACAAUUACGCUAUCGACUUAAAAGGAAACAUGUACCCCGGUAGAGACACACCAAUAGCAAAUAAAAAGGAGGAGAAAAUUGCACAGAGUGCUUAGAUUAAGUUUAAGUUUUAAAAUUCAUUGUAAAUAAGUUGGAACAUUGAUGCAUAUUAAAUAGUAACUACUGAGUA